AUGGUCUUCAAAUCUAAUCUUCCUGAUAUUGAAAUUCCGCAAGACGGAAUCUUUCAAUACGUGACAAACAAUCAAGAAGGAAUUUCAGAUAAUAAAAUAAUUUAUAUUGACGGGACUAAUAAUAAGGGUUGUACUUUUGGCGAAUUCAAAAGUGAAUCAAAAAGGUUUGCUGCUGGGUUGCGCGAUAAAGUUGGGUUUAAACGUGGAGAUGUUUUAGCGGUUUAUUCCUUAAAUCAGGUUGAUUACCCUAUUGUCCUCUUGGGAACAAUCGCUGCUGGAGGCAAAGUAACACCAGUUGAUCCUAAAUAUGUAGCAAGCGAAUUAUCAGAUCAAUUAGUUGAUUCUGGAGCAUCUAUUCUAAUCGCACAUCCAGAUCUACUUGAAACCGCUAUUGCCGCUUCGAAAGAAGUAAACAUUCCUAACUUUAGGAUAUUUUUAUUUGGUAACAAUGAAAUAAGAGGAUACAAACCUUUUCGCUUCGAGUUAAUUGGUGAACGUGAAAUUGAACCAAUUUGUUAUACUCCGGAAGAAGCAAAUUCAACGACGGCUUAUAUAUGCUAUAGUUCAGGAACCACAGGAAGACAAAAAGGAGUCGAAAUAACUCACACGAAUUUAGUUGCAAAUUUAGCGCAACUUUAUAGUAUUGAGAAGGAUCUUGGUCCGCACAGCGUCUUCGCAGGUGUUUUGGCAUGUAAAAUUAUUAAAGUAAAUACUG